AAACCCACAACAGUAAAAUCAGUCUGUAUAUGCAGUAAAGCAUGCUUGUUAUACUCACUGUGGAACCUAAGGGGUUAAUCCUCUGCAUUGUGUAAAAAAGAAUGUUUGAUCCUGUCUUCUCUGAUCCUGCCUCCUGUUCCCCAUUUCAUCUUCUGAUAGAACACAACCUCGGAGGAACUCUGCACAUGCUCAAUUUGGUGUGUACUGUUAGAGAGGUUUUUCUUUUCUUUGGGAGGGGUGCAUGUGAUCAGCACAGGGCCAAUCAGCGCUGUCCAGACAGAGGGUCAGAGGUUUCAUAU